GAAAUGCAGAAAAGUAAAACAAAAUCUAAAAGCUUGUGAGGGAGGUAAAAUAGAGUGAGACUAAUCAGUCAGACUGCUAAAGACUGCUAGACUUACAAGGCCUGGCAAGACCGUCAGGCUUGGUAGUAGUCAAAGCAGGCGCAGACCGACAGACAGACAGACAGACAGUCAGACCGAUAGACAGAGAGAUACAAACAAACCAGGCAUGCUUUCGUAGUCGCCCAUAUACUACAGAUCAGUUAUCUUUUUUUUUUUUAACUCAACUCAUUCAUAGAAUCUCCCUGUUGGACUCCGUUCUCGUACUAUUAGCAUACAUGCAUGUUUCAGUCUAUUUAUCCGUCUCUUUAUCACAACCAUCAUCAGCAUCAUCAACAACAGCAAAACGAUCAAUAGGCACAACAACAGUAACAACAUCGCCAUCAUGGUAUCUUCCAUGAUGUUCUCCGCGCGGCCCUUGGUCGCUGUUAUAUUGUGGACAUUACAGUACGGAUCUUCUGCUUACGCCUUGGGUACGUGUCCGGGACAGUGUCGGUGUAACCGUGUGGAAGUGCAGAAAGUUAGCGGAAAUAAUAACUUUAUAUACAGAACUCUUUCCAAUAACGCUCAUGCCAUUCAAAACUAUUUUCAACACCACCAGCAACAAUUGUAUAAUCAGCUACAAAAUGGCACACUGCGGCGCUUAAGGCCUUACAAUGGCCAUGGAACCAACGCGGAUAACUGGAAUAGGCUCCAUUGGACAGAGGCCAGAAAGUAUUGGCAUAGAACACACUCGCUUCGACAGAUGACACAAUACAAGAAUGAUAUGAAAAUCUAUAAUGAAACUAGAUCACGUGUUCAUAUGCAAGAGAAUGGUCGAUAUCGAUACGGUACCGAUCUAAUGUGUGUUGGAAUCAGAGAUUUACCGACAUCAUUGCCUACAGAUGUCGUUCGUCUGUCUGUCUACGGUGAAAUUCGACACCCAGUAUUUGAUUCGGAGCUGGCCCGUGAGCAAAGCUAUUCUAGUCUUCAGCUACCAUCUAAACCAAAAGAAGUUAGCGCAGGAUAUCUGACACAAAUCGAUGCAUCAAGUUUUCGGAGAGCUCCCCGACUUCAAGAUCUAGCACUGGUAGGAAAUAGAAUCCGGUUCCUCAGUCCACAUUUGUUUCAAAACAUUACUGAAUUAAUCAAUCUCAACUUACGAAAGAACAAUAUCCAAUAUUUAUCCAGUGCGGCAUUACAAGGUCUUCCAAAUUUACAAGAAAUUCGUCUUUCUAAUAACAAAAUUGCUUAUAUCAAUGAAAGAUUCUUUCAAUGGACACGAAAAAUAGUCGAAAUCUAUCUGGACACUAAUCGAAUAAGUAGAAUAUAUAGCGGUUUAUUUAAUUCUUUGCGUUUUUUGGAAGUGGUUGAUCUGUCGCGGAAUAAUCUAAAUGAUAUGCCAAGGAACGUGUUUUACCAAAACAGUAAAUUGAAGGUCAUUCGUUUGGAUAAGAAUCGUUUAAAAUUAUUACGGCCUGAAUGGUUCCGAAACUUGCAAAGUCUAGAGGUCCUUUCCUUGAAGGGUAAUCGUUUUUGGGUUCUACCAAAUGAUAUGAUUUCAAGACCGAAUGCCUUACGUGAGCUCUACUUGUCUCAUAAUUUCUUAUCGAAUUUGAACAAAACUUUCUUUGAUAACUUAGAGCACUUGGAAACGAUUGAUCUUUACAGUAAUAAGAUUACCAAAUUACCAUUCCGCUGUUUUGAUCGCCAGUAUAAACUGAAGAACCUGAAUCUAGCAGACAAUUUCAUAUCGAAUUUAGACACAAUGCCGUUUUAUAGAGUAUCCACUCUUGAAGAACUCAAUCUCUCUUUAAACUGGCUCGAAAAUAUCUCAAAAGGUCUGUUUUCUUCGACCAUUUCUCUGCUGAGGAUUAAUCUCAGCUUUAACAAGUUGUCUGCGAUUUACAACGAUAGUUUUUUAGGCUUAACUCACAUGAGGGAACUGAAUUUAGCCAAUAAUUCUAUAAGACAUCUCGAUGCCAGAGCUUUCAGCGUAGGAAAGUUGAACCAGCUUUCUCAACUGACAUGGUUGAAUCUCCAGUUUAACCAAAUCGGAGAGAUUUUACCUCAAGUCUUCCAUGAGGCACCACAUUUGAAAUUUCUCAACAUCGGACACAACAGGAUACGGGCCCUUCAUAAUGAAACGUUCCAACGAAUGCCGUAUUUAAGUACAUUGCUUUUAAACAACAACGAUUUGGAAAGACUGACCGUUGGGCAAUUUCACAUACAGAAAUCACUCUCUCAUCUAAAUCUAGCGAAGAACAGAUUACGUUCUUUGGAAGAAGGAAUUUUUUCUGGAUUGGGCAAUCUUCAAAAAGCCGUAUUUACCUUUAACCAAAUAAGCAGCAUCGAUGAAAAAACAUUCGAAGACACACCGAAUUUAUUUCGAUUUGAAUUUGCUAAUAACAAGCUUUCAACAUUCAACUUUGAUAUUUUAGCUCCAAUGCGCAGACUCCACUACGUUGAUCUGAAUCGAAACCUGUUAACAUCCCUGAAAGAAACGAAACGGCGAGAUAUCUUCAUAGUGUAUUUGUCAUUGGCUGCAAAUGAAUUGGUGACAUUAGAGAAAAGUAUCCUCCGUGUGCUGGUCCCUGGCGCUUCGGUUGUUCUAUCGGACAACCCCCUUGAUUGUGAUUGCAAACUACGCUGGUUACGGGAAUAUGUACAAACAAAACAAUUGAUCCUGAGUUUCAGUGAACAAACACUUUGUAAAAUGCCAAGAAAUGUAACAGGUUUAAAGAUGAUGUCCUUGAAUCCACAAGACUUCAAAUGUGUACCCAUACUCUAUAGUUCUGCUGAUCAGAACAGCAUGAUUGUCAUAAACAAUGUAAACAGAGUGGACAGUCGUUCUAACGAUGCCAGUAUAAAAGGCAAUGUGAAUAACGGCCAGAAAGCGAUGCAACGUACUGACAAUGUUGCUAAGCAACUUCGAAAUGCUGUUGAUCUCCAAAAGGACACCAGAAGCAAUAAUUUCAGUUACACAGAAAGAUCUGGUGCAGCAUUCAGUUUAUCCGAAGAUCUGCUCGUUAAAUCAAAUAAAAGUAGUUCUACAACUACCAAAGAAUCUUCAAGAUCGCUCCAGUGUACGGUGCCUUUAGCCAAUGUGAAGUUUAACCGCAAAGGAUUUCGGUAA